AUGGAAGAUUCUAGAAAGCGUAUGGCAAUUGAUGCAAUCAUUGAUAAUGACACACUACCGUUAUCACCUCCUGCUUCAUACAAAAGUUCAAGUAGAUCGCCUUCACCCGAGUGUAUAUCCCAAGAAAGAAGGAAUUCACAUCCACCAAUGUCUGCAGAAGAAAGAAGAUACAGAAAUAAAUUGGCAUCUGCUAAAUACAGAGCUAAAAAGCAACAAUCUAUGAAGAAUAUGGCCAGUAAAGUAUCUCAACUGAUGACAAGUAACUAUCAGCUGUCAAGGGAAUUAGCCAAAGUUAAACAAGAAAAUGAAAUAUUACGUACAAUGUACGAAAGAGUCAUCUCUCAGCAGCAUUUACCUCCCCCCAUCUUGACCAAUCAUUAUGCUUUACCCCCAAUUCAAUCCAAUCCAUCAUCUUGA